AUGGACGAUGUAGAUUCGUUUUUAGCCAGCCUGGAUCAGUUCUCAUCCCCAUCAAUCGAUGCGGGUAUUCAACGGCAGCAGGAGCACCGGAGCGGAACCGCGGCAGCACCGAGUGCGUCACCGGCUUUGACCAUUGCGCCGCGUAGCUCUCAGCAUCAGCGUCGUCGUCGGCCGCGUGACGAAGACACUGGUGCUUCGUCCCAGUUCGAGGCACCACAACAGUCGCCUUUUUCGAGCUCGAGCGACAACGCGGACCGACAUCGUAGUGACCUGCAUCUCUCUGCAGCCUCGCCGUCAUUGCCCACCCGUACAGUGGUAAGCAGCCACUCACCGCAUACGUGGCAGUGUGUUCGAUGCGGAGCGGAGAGCGCGUCUCAGAUGCCGCGCUGCACGCUCUGCCACCGGUGUCGCCAUCGCGUGGAGGAGCACCAGCCGCUGCUGACGUUGCCUGAAACGUCUCUCUCCUCAGUCUUACCGGUCAGCUCACCUGCAGCGCAGCCAGGGUCGUCUUCUCAGGUCUUCUCCCCCGCCGCCCCGACGGAUGAGCGUGGCCUUCACCUUGGUAGAGGCUACACUAUUCAUGGAAGCGGCAUCGCUCAUGGGGGCGGUGCAGGGCAUGAGUCACUCGUUGUUGCAGGGCCAGGUGAGGUCUCGUGCCCCCGAUGCACCUUUCUUAACUCGUCCUCGAGGAGUAUCUGCGAGAUGUGCGACGGAACGCUGCCAUCGCUGCCGUCGCACUCACCGGCAGCGCUUGCAUCCUUCACAACCACCGCGAAGGACGGUGGUGCUUCUCUGGGAAAGGCGAGCCCUCCGGCUGUCAUGCCCAAGGGCACGCCGUUUGAUUUCAGCGCGGCUGCCACUGGACCAGUGCCGUCCACGGCUCUCGCCGACUUGGGAAGCGGAGGUCAGCCGCUGCGUGAGCGCUCGUCUAUCUACCAAACACCGCACUCGCCUGAGCUGGCGCCGUCUGCCGUUGUCGCCACGCCACAACGUGUAAUUCUGCAGGAGGCUGGCAGGGAAGGCCUCUCUCUCUCUCCUGUAGCUCUAAAAAGCCAGGGAGCUCUUUCUUCUUCUUCGUCUUCCUCUGGCGACGGCGAUGAUGAGGACGAGGAGAGCGGGAACGAGUGGAGCGACGAGCAGGAGGCGGAGGUGCGCGGCGCGGAUGACCACCGCGAACUUGUCCGCUUUCUGGAAGCACUGCAGUCUGUGAAGUUCGACACGCUUCCCUGCGCCGCCGUUCCAGCCACGAUGUGGACACGCGCGGAGCUCCGUCCCUUUCAGCUGCAGGCGCUCUACUGGCUGCUGUCGCGUGAGCAGCCGCAGCUUUAUCGCGCGCACGUGACGGCCACGGACACCGAUGCGCUUAUCAUGAAGAAGGGGGAGAUGGGCUCUUUUGAAAGCGGCGCUGACAGCUGCGGGGAUAAGGAGGCCGGCGUGACUUACAUUACCAGCAGUCGUGGUGGAGGCGGAGCCGCGGAAUGGGGAGUUCACUUCAAGACAGAGAGCUUGUGCAUGACAUCGCCUGCCUCUGGUGCUCUGGUGACUGCAUCUUGCCCUUCUUCUGCCGGUGUUGCCACUCGCACCCCCGACAGCGGCUCAGAGGGCGAUGUCAGCAUGACCAUCGGAGGGCAGGAGAUGACGCGCACUGUACGUGGCGGCGUGUUUGCGGACUACAUGGGUCUUGGAAAGACACGCACACUGAUUGCGCUGUGCGAGGCAACGCGGGUGCCACGGAUUGAUCGCGUGACCGGUUCCUUGGUCGAGUCGGCAGCGACGCUCAUUGUUUGUCCGACUUCCCUUCUCACACAGUGGGUGCGUGAGAUACAUCGUUGCGUGGAGCGGCCUGCCACUGCGCCGCUGCGCAUUCUCCUCUACUACGGAGCCCGCCCACGCCGCCUCAGUCUCUUCCAGGUGGCGCAGUCCUACGACUACGUCUUGACCACGUACCAGACGCUCUGUCACAAACAGCCACCCGCCUCUCGCUUUGAGCCGACGUAUGCCAGCGGAGGGGCCUCUCCGACGAUGUCAGCUGACAUUUCUGGCGUAGACGAUGCCGUUGCAGGCUCGUCUUUGCCCGCGAACGUGGAUGAUUACGAUGUCGACCGGCGGCUGCAGACAGAGGUGGAUAAGUUGUUCAUGAUCCGCUGGGCCCGCAUCAUCCUGGACGAAGCUCACUACAUCCGCAACAUGCGCACACAUCAGAGUCGCGCGUGCCUCAAGCUGAGUGGCGUCUGUCGGUGGGUCGUGACGGCGACACCAGUGCAGAACAGCCUCAACGACCUCUACCCUCUCCUCCGAUUCCUCGCCGUGCCGCACUUCAGCUCGCUUGCGUGGUGGAACAACGAAAUUGUGCGCUACUACAACCUCGACCCGCAUCAUCCACGCCCCGUCACGGCGCUCAGUAUCCUGUUCGGCUCUAUCUUGCUUCGCCGCACGCCGGACUCGAUCGUGAAUGGGAAGCCCAUACUGGAGCUUCCGCCAAAACGGAUGAUAACCCACACCGUGGGGUUGUCACGCGAGGAGAUGCGUUUCUAUCAAUCGAUCCAUGCCAAGGCAACGGCGAAGCUAAACGAGCUGCGCGACCGCGAGGCGUACGCGGCUCGCACACCGCUGGCCACCUUUACGACAGCCUUUGAAAUGCUCGUGCGCUGCCGGCAAACGUGCCUGCAUCCGUACAUCGUGGUGGCGGCUCUCCGCCGGUGCCACCGACUGUCGGGCUCAGAGGCCCGCCAUGGCGCCACCGCUUCGCUGGACGAGAUCGAUCGCGCCUCUGCAACCGCCAACCGUGCGAGCAGUGAGGUGGCGCGGCGUCAGCGAGAAGAUGAGCAGACGGCGCGCGCCAUCGAUGAGUUUAUUCAGGCGGUAGUCUUUCGCCGGCUGCGCGGCGUCAAAGCUAGGGAAUUUGUCCAGUCCCUCGUGGAGGAGAUCAAGGACCGGAAGUUGGAGUCGCGUGAGUGCAUCAUCUGUCUCGACACGGUGAACCGUCCUGCUAUUUUGCCAUGUGCGCACGUCUUCUGCGAGGAGUGCAUCACGCACGCCUUGCAGGCAACGCGACGAUGCCCGCUGUGCAAGCGCAACUCAAGGCCGUCGGAGCUGCUGCUGGUUCCGGUGGAGAUUUUAGGCCCCACGGCGCAGCAGCUGCAGACAUCUGCAGGCGGAGGAGAUGACAGGGUGAGUGCAACUGAACCGGCACCGGAAGUGCCUCUGAAUUUGGAUCUAACGGACAUGAGCAACUGGGGCCUGCAGCUGAGUUCAAAGACGCAGUACCUGAUCGACAAGAUCCGUUCUCUGCCAGCGGAUGACAAGGUGGUCGUGUUCAGUACCUUCCUGACGUACCUUCGCUGCGCGCAGCACUGGCUGCAGGCGGCUGGGGUGUCGUCUGCAGUUUACACUGGGUCGAUGACGAUGAAGCAAAAACACUCCUUGCUGGAGCUUUUUCACGACGCGACUCAGCCAGCGUCGCCGCGCGUCCUUCUUGCCACAACAAGCAGCUGUGGUGUGGGGCUGAACCUGACCUGUGCCAACCACUGCUUCCUGAUGGAGCCGUCCUGGAACCCUGGCACGGAGGAGCAGGCGCUCAACCGAAUUCAUCGCAUUGGCCAAACAAAACCAGUCACCAUCACGAAGCUCAUCGCUGAUGGGACGAUUGAGCAGAACAUCAGCCAACUGUGUGAGCGGAAGCGCGCGUUGAGCGGGUACUGCUUCAGCAAUGGUGUGGCAGGUGCGCCCGCUGCUGGUGGCGGCGGCGGUGGGGCCGGGCGACUGCGCACGGCCGAUUUGUUGGAGCUGUUCGCGCCGGAGAUGUCGAGUGAGAGCAGCGAUGAUAACAGUGAUGACGACGCCAGUGAAGAGGAUGACGAGGAAUAG